AUGGCGGUGAUGUCUUGGCCUUCGUUCCUUCUACUCACAUCCUGUGUGCUGCAUUUCGCAGCCUCCUACCCUGACCUGGUGCUCGUGAACCGGUUCCCGUACGUCCAGGAUGACGGCACGGCUGAGAUGUACUGCGUCUCCAACUAUCCCGAGGCCGACCUUAACUGGAACCUGCUCCCCACCCUGGGCAGAGACGCUCAGGAGAUGAUCGACAACCAGGACCGCUGGCUCUCGGGAGGGCCAGUGCCCUCGACGUUCGCCAUGUCCGGCAGGCUGUUUGGCAUCAACGCGGACGCGGAGGGCUUCCGCGCAGGCGCAUGGAACUGCUCUGACGACGGCCAGGGCUUCGGGUCAUGGGUCAUCGGCAUCACCAACUUCCGCAGCACCGCCAUCAAGCCGUUCAAAGUGACCCAGACGGUUAACGAGGGGCAGCGCGGUGUGAACCUCAUCAUGAACCAGACUGUUCCGGAGGCUUUCGCUAAAAGGUGGAACCGCGGCCCUAACGUGAUCGGCGGCUCGGACUCGCUGAGUCUGGACCUGGACUCCAAACGGGGCGGGAACACACUGGAACAGUUCGUGAGCCCGGGCCGGGGGGUGCUGGACUGUUACCAACAGGGGCAGCGGGAGGAUCCUACUAAAGCCGGCAUGAUGAGGGUCAUCGUCAGAUCGUGUCCGGAGGGUAAGUUCGGUGGAGGGUGUACGGACGACUGCCCACGCUGCUAUAACGGUGGAAUGUGCCAUGAUGAGACGGGGGAGUGCAUCUGUCCUCCAGGCUUCAUGGGCAGGAACUGCGAACAACCGUGCGGAGGAAACAAGUUCGGAGUGAACUGUACUCACCAGUGUAAGCGGCCCCAGAGAGAUGACCAGUGUAUGGAGCUGCUGUUCUGUAUGCCGGAUCCGUGGGGCUGCAGCUGCGCUACUGGAUUCCGCGGAGACGAGUGCGACGAAUUCUGUCCCCAGGGCAGGUUCGGAGCCGACUGCAACCAGAACUGCAACUGCAAAAACGACUCGAACUGCAACAUCUACACGGGCAACUGUCCGGAGGGCUGCAGGGAGGGCUGGAAGGGUGCAACCUGUCAGGAGGAGUGCGCCCCUGGCGAGUUCGGCUCUAACUGCCUGUUGAAGUGCCACUGCAUGAAUAACGAGACGUGUGACGGGGCGACCGGACACUGUCCGCCCGGCUGUGCCGUGGGAUGGCUCGGACCAUCCUGCCAAGAACCCGACGACUGCGUGACGAACGAGUGUCUGAACGGCGCCACGUGUAACGACCUUCGGGACGCCUACAACUGCAGCUGUCCUAUCGGCUGGAUCGGACGCUUCUGCGAGACCAUGACACCCGAACCCUGCCGUGACCUGGAGCCCUGUGAGAACGGUGCCACCUGUGUGCCGCUGAGUGAGGAAGAGUACCGCUGUGACUGUGCGGAGACGUACGAGGGACAACACUGCGAGGUGCAAAACCUGCCUGAAGAGGCCGGUUCCCCGGGUGGGGGCUAUAAAGAGGCCGGCUCCCCGGUGGGGGCUAUAGUGGGCGCCCUGGUUGCCGUUCUGUUGAUCGGCGGAAUCGCAGGAGCGGCGUACUACUACCUGAAGGUGAAGAAGAACAAGGGCAACGACGGAAGGGUCUCACCUGAGGCGCAGGGAGACAGCGACGACGAGUAA